AUGACAGAAUGUGAGUGUCCGGUGCCUCCGGUUACAGCGGGUUGUCCGGUCUCACAUGUUCUAAUAAUAGUUUACCGGGUUAAUUGGCUCUGGACAAAAGCACUGCGCGACCGGUGGAACGAGGAGGUUAUUAUUGUCAAACAUGAAAUGCAGUGGUCAAUUAAUUUCUUUAAACGUUGA